AUGGAAAAAAUUCUAAAAUGGUCGAUCGAAAACAGCGAUCCCUCAGCUGUGCCACAGCAACCAGCUACGCAAGAGAAAAAUAAAUUAGAUCCGGAAAUUAUUGAUCUCAUUUUGGGAAAAAGUGAUGCUGUUCGAAUUCGAGAGGCUGUUGAGGCUGUGUCAAAUCCAGAAACAAGUUUUGAUGAUAAAAAAAUUGCUCUCGAUAAUUUAGAAAUG